CCCUUCCCUGUUAGGCGAGUUUGGUAUGGAUGAGGAAAACACUGCUGGACUGGAAGAGAGAUUCAGUUGAUUGAUCCUUCUAAUCUGUUGCAAUUGUUCUUCACAUCAGGUUAAACUGGGAGCUGUGUGUGUAUAGGGACCCAGAUGGGAAAAAACAGUCAAUUCAUCAGUUAACAUCCGAUCGAAAACAGGGUACUCUGUUUUGGGCAUCCGAGCAGACGGUUUCGUCGGAAUCCACGUCAGCGCCGCCUUGAAACGCUGCGUUGACUACGUUUUAUGGUUAGACAAUUGUAACAAUUAUUACGAUCCUACCCACAAAAGGGCGUCAACAUUUGUUGGAAAAAAUGGGAUUUUCAUUGUGGAAGGGGACAUAAACGACACCGUUUUGCUGACCAAACUCUUUGAGGUAAUACAUUUUACUCAUGAGAUGUAUUUAGCUGCUCAAGCUGGUGUUAGAUACGCAAUGCAGAAUCCAAAAUCAUAUAUUUAUAGUAACAUUGCGGGUUUUGUUAAUGUUCUUGAAGUAUGCAAAAAUGCAAAUCCACAGCCUGUUAUUGUUUGGGCAUCUUCUAGUUCUGUUUAUGGGUUGAAUACAAAAGUACCCUUUUCGGAAAAGGACCGAACGGAUCAACCCACGAGCCUAUAGGCUGCAACGAAGAAAACGGGUGAAGAAAUUGCGCAUACAUAUAAUCACAUUUACGGGUUGUCUUUAACGGGUUUGAGGUUCUUUACAGUUUAUGGACCGUGGGGUAGACCGGACAUGGCUUACUUUUUCUUCACUAAAGAUAUCUUGAAACGAAAACCGAUACCCGUCUUUGAAUCGGGUAAUCAUGGAACGGUUGCGCGUGAUUUUACGUAUAUUGAUGAUAUUGUAAAGGGUUGUUUAGGUGCUUUAGACACCACUGAAAAGAGUACAGGAAGUGGUGGAAAGAAGAAAGGAGAUGCACAGUUUAGAAUUUUUUAUUUAGGGAAUACUUCGCCUGUGCCGGUUUCGGAUCUUGUUAGUAUUUUGGAGAAGUUGUUGAAAGUGAAAGCGAAACGGCGUGUGAUGAAGUUGCCUAGAAAUGGUGAUGUCCCAUUUACUCAUGCGAAUAUUAGUUUGGCGCAAAGGGAGUUCGGGUAUAAACCAACGACGGAUCUUCAAACAGGGUUGAAGAAGUUUGUUAGAUGGUAUGAGAAGUAUUAUGGUUCGGGAAAGAAGAGUGAUCAUUGAGACAAAAAGUGGUAAACUUGUUCUUGAAUUCUUAUUCGUUUUGAUAUAUUCGCAUGAUUGAUUUGUUAAUCCUGCACUUUAUGAAAACAAGUUAUCUUGUUUUCAACUGUUGGUAUAUGAUGUUGCAUCAAGUAAGGAGGAAAUAGGGAUCUCACACGAUGAACAGGUUUUUGUGGUCCAUCGUGGUCUUCAUUUGAGAACUUUGCGUUCUUGUUAACUAGCGCGAAUGUAAUUUAUUGUAGUAGUAUUAUUGUUGGAUUCGUGACUAAUAGAGCAAAAUUUAUUUGGUUGGACUUUUGUAUCAUUUCAUGGUAUUCAAAUAAAUAGAACACAUUAGUUUAAA